UUCCGUCAGUCUGGUAACGCACCAUCCUCGUUUUUGCAGCGCGUUCGCGUUAGUUGAUCUUUCCGAGCGCAGCGGCGACAACAUGGCUGACGAGGCAGCGGUGGACGGAGGGAAACUCAGCAAAAAGUGUGUUUGCUGACUGUGGUAGCUCAACAUGCUGUGUGCGGUCAGGGCAGCCAGACAGCAGUUGUGCCAUGCCCUUGGGGUCAGAGGGCAGUGGUUAAAAUGUGCACCGCCAUGUACUGCUGCAGUCUCAGCUCAAAUUUACGGAAAGCGUUGGAAAGGUGACAAAAGUGAGCUUAAGAGACGAAUGAAAGCUGAGAAGAAGGCGGCUGAGAAAGAAGUCAAGGUCAAAGAGCAGCUGGACCAAAAGAAGGAAACCGAUGACCAGGCAGCGCUACGUGCUGGUGUAGAUGAGGAGACUCUUGACCCAAAUCAAUACUUCAAGAUCCGCUCCCAGGCCAUCCAGGAACUGAAAGGCACAGCGGAGGACCCGUACCCACACAAGUUUCAUGUAGACUUGUCGCUCACAGAUUUCAUUGAGAAAUAUAAUCAUCUACAGCCUGGAGACCAGCUGACUGAUGUUGUCCUCAAUGUAUCAGGUCGCGUCCACGCCAAGAGGGUUUCUGGAGCCAAGCUGCUUUUCUACGACCUCCGAGGUGAAGGCGUCAAGUUGCAAGUUAUGGCAAACUCGAGGAACUACAAGUCAGAGGAGGAGUUUGUGGCCAUCAACAACAAACUGCGCCGUGGUGACGUCAUUGGUGUCCGUGGAAACCCCGGGAAGACCAAGAAAGGGGAGUUGAGCAUCAUUCCCGUUGAGAUGACUCUGCUGUCACCAUGUUUGCACAUGUUGCCCCACCUCCACUUUGGCCUCAAAGACAAGGAAACAAGAUACCGCCAGCGCUACUUGGAUCUGAUCCUCAAUGACUACGUGAGGCAGAAAUUUAUAACACGCUCCAAAAUCAUCACAUACGUGCGCAGCUUCCUGGACCAGCUGGGAUUUUUGGAGAUUGAGACACCAAUGAUGAACAUUAUUCCUGGUGGAGCAGUGGCCCGUCCAUUUGUUACUUACCACAAUGAGCUGGACAUGAACCUGUACAUGAGGAUUGCCCCUGAGCUCUACCACAAGAUGCUUGUGGUUGGCGGACUGGACAGAGUAUACGAGAUUGGUCGCCAGUUCAGGAAUGAAGGCAUCGAUCUUACUCAUAACCCAGAGUUCACCACCUGUGAAUUCUACAUGGCGUAUGCGGAUUACCAUGACUUGAUGGAGAUCACAGAGAAACUCCUCUCAGGUAUGGUGAAGCACAUCACUGGAGGAUACAAGGUGACUUACCACCCCGAUGGUCCCGAGGGACAGGCCUAUGAGAUUGACUUCACUCCACCAUUCAGAAGAGUGAGCAUGACACACGACCUGGAGAAGAUUAUGGGAGUCAAAUUCCCUCCGACUGACAGCUACAACAGUGAUGAGACGCGUAAGUUCUUUGACGACCUGUGUACACAGAAAGGAGUUGAGUGUCCUCCACCCAGAACCACUGCCCGCCUCCUUGACAAGUUGGUUGGAGAUUUCCUUGAGGUCACUUGUGUCAACCCCACAUUCAUCUGUGAUCAUCCUCAGAUCAUGAGUCCCUUAGCCAAAUGGCACAGAUCGCAGAAAGGCCUCACGGAGCGCUUUGAGCUCUUUGUGAUGAAGAAGGAAAUCUGCAAUGCUUACACCGAGUUGAAUGAUCCGAUUAGACAGAGGGAGCUUUUCGAGCAGCAGGCCAAGGCCAAAGCUGAGGGUGACGAUGAAGCCAUGUUUAUUGAUGAGACCUUCUGCACAGCGCUGGAGUACGGACUGCCGCCGACUGCCGGCUGGGGUAUGGGCAUCGAUCGUCUCACCAUGUUCCUCACCAACUCCAACAACAUCAAGGAGGUGUUGUUGUUCCCUGCCAUGAAGCCUGACGACAACAAGACAUCAGCACCCACAGAGGGCACCUCCGUCUAAUGCCAUGACCUCUGACCUCUCCUGCCGUCAGGUGUGUGCAGGAGUCGUACGGAGCCUUUACCUCACUGUGGUCAUCGGUGGAAUCUGCGGGUUAUGUGUGUUAUCAAUGUUAGUCUCUGUUUGAUCCUGGCUGUCAUUGAGGGAAAUCAUCUUGUCUCUGUUUCAGUUUUUUGUUCUUUUGUUUUUCUUAUACUUUUGCAAUCACAUUUGUGUUGCCCUUUUUUUGGAUGAAAAGGACACAUUUUGAUUCUUGUUGUCAUCCGGACAGUAAAUGAAUGGUAUUUGAUCAGGAAGUCGUGUGAACUGCUGGUGGAUGUGGACCUGAAUAUGCUUUGAGAUACUUCAGGGUUUGAUGAUUCUGGCUACCUGGAGCGGACAGAACCUGUAAUACCAAAGCCCAAGCCACCCUGAUGUUUGAAGUGUUCUCAGUAUAUCAGUAUGUUUUCCCAGGUCUACUCGUUGUCCUUGUCUAAGAUUUUUCAAGAUGGUCUCCACAAAUUCCUCUGCCAAGAAAUUUAAACAUGGAUAUGUCUGAAUAAAAUGCAUAUGAAUCUGCA